GUUUGACAGUCAGCUUUGUUUUGGGAGCUGUGUUUGGCCAUUCCUCUCCUUCUCAGCUCUCUCUGCUUUGCUUAUAUGCUUAGCUUUAAGUGAGAUUUCUCCACUCUUCCUUCCUUCCUUCCCAUGGGGUCCAUGGCUAGAUUACUCGUUGCUUCCUUUCUUCUUCUUCUUCUUCUUCUUCCUUGUGUCUUUGUCAAUGCCAAGAGAACCUACAUUGUUCGCAUGAAACAUCAUGCUCUGCCAUCUGAUUAUCUCACCCACCAUGACUGGUACUCUGCCCAUCUCCAAUCUCUGUCCUCCUCUGCUACCUCCGAUUCCCUUCUCUACACCUACACCUCCGCCUACCAUGGCUUCGCUGCUUCUCUUGACCCAGAUGAAGCCGAAUUGCUCCGCCAAUCCGAUUCAGUUCUGGGUGUCUAUGAAGACACUGUUUACAAUCUUCACACAACUCGCACUCCGGGUUUCCUCGGCCUCGACUCCGAUUUCGGCUUGUGGGAAGGUCACAACACUCAGGAUCUCGACCAGGCUUCUCAUGAUGUCAUCAUUGGGGUUCUCGAUACUGGGAUUUGGCCGGAGUCGAAGAGCUUUGAUGACACCGGGAUGCCGGAGAUCCCAUCACGGUGGCGUGGAGAAUGUGAAUCGGGACCCGAUUUCAGCCCUUCUCUCUGUAACAAGAAACUAAUCGGAGCUCGCAGCUUCUCGAAGGGUUAUCAAAUGGCUUCCGGUGGUGGAUACUUUAGAAAAUCCAGAGAGAACGAGUCGCCUCGUGACCAGGAUGGGCACGGCACGCACACUGCGAGCACAGCUGCUGGGUCACAUGUGGCUAACGCGAGCCUACUUGGGUAUGCUAGAGGUAUAGCUAGGGGAAUGGCUCCUCAAGCAAGAGUUGCCGCUUACAAGACCUGUUGGCCCACUGGUUGCUUUGGAUCUGACAUUCUUGCCGGUAUGGAUCGGGCAAUAUCUGACGGCGUCGAUGUGCUAUCACUCUCUUUGGGCGGUGGCUCUGCACCGUAUUACAGGGAUACAAUAGCAAUCGGAGCAUUUGCGGCCAUGGAGAAGGGGGUUUUCGUUUCGUGCUCAGCUGGAAACAGUGGGCCAAACAAGGCGUCUCUGGCUAAUGUGGCCCCGUGGAUCAUGACAGUCGGAGCCGGAACUCUGGACCGAGACUUCCCAGCUUAUGUCCAACUCGGAAAUGGCAAGCGGUUCACUGGAGUGUCACUCUACAGUGGCCAAGGAAUGGGAAAUAAACCGGUGGCUUUGGUGUACAACAAAGGAAGCAACAGCUCCAGCAACAUGUGCUUACCCGGAUCUCUUGAGCCGGCGUUUGUUCGGGGGAAAGUGGUAAUCUGCGACAGGGGAAUCAACGCCAGAGUAGAGAAGGGAGGGGUGGUGAGAGAUGCAGGUGGCAUUGGGAUGAUUCUGGCAAACACGGCAGCCAGUGGGGAAGAACUGGUGGCUGACAGUCACUUACUGCCGGCCGUGGCGGUUGGGGCGAAAACCGGCGACUUGAUCCGGCAGUAUGUACGGUCAGUAGCGAAGCCGACGGCCGUGCUGAGCUUUGGUGGGACAGUUCUGAACGUGCGCCCAUCUCCAGUGGUGGCGGCCUUCAGUUCCAGAGGACCCAACUUGGUAACGCCCCAAAUCCUUAAGCCGGACGUUAUAGGGCCUGGCGUUAACAUCCUGGCCGCCUGGUCUGAGUCCAUCGGGCCUACUGGAUUGGACAACGAUAAGAGGAAAACUCAGUUCAAUAUCAUGUCAGGAACAUCCAUGUCUUGCCCGCACAUAAGUGGGCUGGCGGCGUUGCUGAAGGCAGCUCAUCCAUCAUGGAGUCCAAGCGCAAUCAAGUCUGCAUUAAUGACCACUGCCUACACGCAGGACAACACCAACUCAUCUCUCCGGGAUGCUGCCGGAGGGGCGUUUUCCAAUCCAUGGGCUCAUGGAGCUGGCCAUGUUGAUCCUCACAAAGCCCUCUCCCCCGGUCUUGUAUACGACAUCUCGACCAAUGAUUAUAUUACCUUUUUGUGCUCCUUGGACUAUGGGAUCGAUCAUGUUCAGGCAAUCGCGAAGCGAUCGAACAUAACCUGCUUGAAAAAGUUUGCUGACCCAGGGCAACUAAACUACCCUUCAUUUUCAGUUGUGUUUGGGAGCAAGAGGGUUGUCCGGUACACUCGUAUAGUUACCAAUGUUGGGGCUGCAGGGUCAGUUUAUGAAGUGGCUACUACUGCACCGUCGGUUGUGAAGGUGACGGUGAAACCUUCAAAGCUUGUGUUCUCUAAAGUUGGGGAGAGGAAGAGGUACACUGUUACAUUCGUGGCGAGCAGGGACGCUGCUCGAACCACGAGAUAUGGGUUUGGAUCGAUUGCUUGGAGCAAUGACCAACACCAAGUUAGAAGCCCGGUGGCAUUCGCCUGGACCAAGUUGUGAUUGUUGUUUUUGUAUAGGGCGUUUUCCAUUUGUAGGUUUUUCCAUUCCUCCAACUUUCUCCAAUUUCAGAAAGAAAACAGCAAGAAGAUGAUAUGAUCAGCAAUCAGCCAGAGAGAAUGAUCAUAUCAUUGCAUGGGAAAAUUCAGCGUUUGGUUUGCCAUUGAGAUGCUUUAGGGGAAGGCCUGGGGAGAGUCAAAACUAAUGUAAUGCAUAAAAUUUGGCACUUCUUUUCCUAGUUAUCUAAGAAUUACUGUUACCGUCGGUCCUGUUAGGAAAAUUCAAAAACAUGAAGGCCA